CAAAACCACUGAAUUAUUGAACAGAUUGGACGUGGGUUUGCCAAAGAGUGAUUCCUGUCAUAUUGCUAAUCGUGGCCCAGAAUCUACAGCAUGGACUAGGAGCCGUACUUAUAAGCAAGCUCUUCGAGAGGAUGAAAACAGAAGAUUAGAGGAAAUGAAGCAAGAACAACGGAGGAAGGCUGAAUUAAUGGAAUUUAGACAAAAGCAGGAAGAAGAAGCCAGGACAAGAGCACAUCAAAACGAACAGAGGAGGGUAAAUAAUGCUUUCCUGGACAGACUCCAGAACAAAGCACAAGCUAAUAGCAUCUACCAACGUGGAUAUUCUGGGAGUCUGGACUGCCUCAGUAAUGGCACCUGGGAGUCAAACUACUUGGAGUAA